GCCGAUAGAGGGCGCUGUGGCCAUCAAAGCAGGCCAAACAUCCGCAGCUUUACCUCACUGCCCUUCCAGCAGCAUCUCACCUUCAACCGGCCUGACGCACAUCCACCGCCGCACCCGAAAAGGAAAAGAAAAACACGAGAGAAAGACAGCGUCAAACAAACCAACAAUUGAAAUCGAGCAACAGCAGAGUCGGGGUUUAUUUUUCAAUGAUGUAGGGGAUCGUUUUGCGGUUUGACAUCUAAUUUCAGUCUGCCAGCCUCUCUGCGACACGGAAACACCAUCCAGCUGCGCAUAAAUAAAUUGCAUCCUCUCGCAGCUUGUCAGGAUAAAACCAUCCAACCUCUCCACCGUCCUCAGAGUCCCCUCGACGUAGAAGGACUAAGUCACUGCGCAUCCCUCCUCGUUUAUUUAGACGGUCAGAUCAGGCCCCGAUCAGCGACGGGUCGCCUCCAGCCUCGGCAGCAUCUCUCCUCUCAGAAAGCAGCAUCCUUCCUCCUUGAAUCUGCGCAAUGGCCGAUAUUCCAGCGGAGUGUAACAUAAAAGUGUUGUGUCGCUUUCGUCCUCUCAACCAGUCAGAGAUUCUACGUGGGGACCAGUUCAUCCCCAAAUUCCAAUCAGACGAUACUGUCCUCGUCGGGGGGAAGUCCUACGUGUUUGAUCGAGUGUUUCCGACCAACACCACCCAGGAGCAGGUGUACAACACCUGUGCCAAGCAGAUUGUCAAGGAUGUUCUGGGUGGAUACAAUGGCACUAUCUUCGCAUAUGGACAAACCUCCUCCGGGAAGACCCACACCAUGGAGGGCAAGCUGCACGACCCUCACCAAAUGGGCAUCAUUCCUCGCAUCGCUGAGGAUAUUUUCAACCACAUCUUUGCCAUGGACGAAAACCUGGAAUUCCACAUCAAGGUUUCAUAUUUUGAAAUCUACAUGGACAAAAUCCGUGACCUUCUGGAUGUGACAAAGACCAACCUGUCUGUCCAUGAGGAUAAGAAUAGGGUGCCAUUUGUCAAGGGAUGCACUGAGCGUUUUGUCUCCAGCCCUGAUGAGGUUAUGGAUGUGAUCGAUGAAGGCAAAGCUGCCCGCCAUGUUGCUGUGACCAACAUGAACGAGCACAGUUCUCGCAGCCACAGCAUCUUCCUGAUCAACAUCAAACAGGAGCAUGUGGAGACUGAGCAGAAACUGUGUGGAAAGCUGUACCUGGUGGAUCUGGCUGGCAGUGAGAAGGUCAGUAAGACUGGAGCAGCAGGAGCUGUCCUGGAUGAGGCUAAAAACAUCAACAAGUCUCUUUCUGCUCUGGGAAAUGUCAUCUCUGCGUUGGCUGAGGGCACGAAAAGUCACGUACCGUACCGUGACAGCAAAAUGACCCGCAUCCUGCAGGACUCCCUCGGUGGAAACUGUCGCACCACCAUGUUCAUCUGCUGCUCUCCCUCCAGCUACAACGACGCCGAGACCAAAUCCACUCUAAUGUUUGGACAACGCGCCAAGACCAUCAGGAACACCGCCUCCAUCAACCUGGAGCUGACGGCGGAGCAGUGGAAGAGGAAGUAUGAGAAAGAGAAGGAGAAGAACAAGACUCUGAAGGAAACCGUCCAGAAGCUGGAGAUUGAGCUCAACCGCUGGAGAAAUGGAGAGGAGGUGCCUGAGACGGAGCAGACCACGGCAGACGUGGUGACCCGUUUUGAGACCGUGGAGGAGCGUCCCAUUUUGGACAAUGACACCUCCUCCAUUGUGGUUCGCAUUUCCGAGGAGGAGCGGCAGAAGUACGAGGAGGAAAUCCGCAAGCUCUACAAGCAGCUGGAUGAUAAGGAUGAUGAGAUCAACCUGCAGUGCCAGUUGGUGGAGAAACUGAAGCAGCAGAUGCUGGACCAGGAUGAGCUCCUAGCCUCAUCCAAGGGCGAUGGGGAUAAGGUCCAGGCUGAACUUGGCAGGCUUCAGGUGGAGAGCGACUGUGCCAAGGCUGAGGUGAAGGAGGUGCUGCAGGCUCUGGAGGAGCUUGCCAUCAACUACGACCAGAAGAGCCAGGAGGUGGAGGAGAAAGGCCUGCAGAACCAGCUGCUGGCUGACCAACUGUCCCAGAAAAUGGCCAGUCUGAUGGAGCUGGAGGCAGAGCUGUCUCGUAUGCAGGAAGUGAGCGGGCAGCAGAGGAAACGCAUCGCUGACGUCCUCAACGGUCUGAUGAGGGACCUCAGUGAGUUCAGCACCAUCGUGGGCAACGGGGAGAUCAAGCUGCCGGUGGAGAUUAGCGGCGCGAUCGAAGAAGAGUUCACGGUGGCUCGCCUCUACAUCAGCAAGAUCAAGUCGGAGGUGAAGAGCAUGGUGAAGCGCUGCCGCCAGCUGGAGAACAUGCAGCUGGAGUGCCACCGCAAGAUGGAGGAAACUGGGAGGGAGCUCUCCUCAUGCCAGCUCCUCAUCUCCCAGCAUGAAGCUAAGAUCCGCUCCCUGACAGAGUACAUGCAGAGCGUGGAGCAGAAGAAGAGGCUGCUGGAGGAGAGCCACGACUCCCUGAGCGAAGAGCUGGCCAAGCUGCAAGACCAGGAUAACUCCCUGCUUGAGGAGAAGGAUGGAGAGAAGGGUGAGACUGAGGAUGGAAAUGUGAAGAAGGUUUCCCGUCAGCAGGAGUCUCACCGUGGCCUCCAUCACAAGCAGCUGGCCCGCCUGCGGGAUGAGAUCAAUGAGAAGCAGAGGAUCAUUGACGAGCUCACUGAUCGUAACUCCAAGCUGGAACUGGAGCUGGCUCAUGUCCGCGCCGACUUUGAACGCCUGAAGAGUCAGGACAACACUAAGAGUGAGCGUCUGGAGGAGCUCUCAUUCCUGCAUGAGCGCCAUGAGCAGACUAAACAGGACUUGAAGGGUCUGGAGGAGACUGUCGCCCGCGAACUCCAGACCCUCCACAACCUGCGCAAGCUGUUCGUUCAAGACCUCACGUCGCGGGUUAAAAAAAGUUCCGAAAUGGAGCCUGAUGAUAGCGGGGGGUCUUGCACCCAGAAGCAGAAGAUUUCCUUUCUUGAGAAUAACCUGGACCAACUUACAAAGGUUCACAAACAGAUUCCAAUUUUCCCACCCUGUGUCAUUUCUCACCCCUCCCUCUGUCUCUCUCCCUUCCAGCUGGUACGUGACAAUGCAGAUCUGCGUUGUGAGCUUCCAAAGUUGGAGAAACGUCUUCGGUCUACUGCUGAGAGAGUUAAGGCCCUGGAGACUGCACUGAGGGAUGCCAAGGAGGGCGCAAUGAUGGACCGCCGCCGUUACCAGCAGGAGGUUGACCGCAUCAAGGACGCCAUGAGGGCAAAGAACGCCCUGAGGCGCCCCCAUGCAGCACAGAUCGCUAAGCCAGUGAGACCGAAGCAGAUGCCUGUCUGCUCUCCCACCAACCCGUUCUACACUUACAUCCGUGCCACUGAACAGGCCAACACCUACAGCAACGCCCUCUUCCAGGGCAACGUGACACAGCCAAGCGCCGCCAGCUCAAACUGCAACCCCAACUCUGUCCAGAGCAACACAGUUUCCACAGCACUGGGCUACAGAGCAGGCAGAUAUACCGGAGACAUACUGGAGUCCUUCCCACUCAACAUUGACAACGCAGGUAACAGUAUCAGUGAGACAAGAGACAUCAAUGACAACAGAAGUGAUGUUUACUGUGGCAGCGAGGUGGAUGAUUCAAACAGGCACUACAUCAUUCAGCAGGAGACCGCCGCAAGUUAAUGCCAUGAAGAUGACCAAACACUGUACCUGUCCACGGACCCUCUCCUUCCAUCUGCAUGCAGCCUGUCUCCCCUGUCCCUCCACUGCAUCACUGAUGAAGAUGAUGAUGAAGAUCUGUAGCCCUGUAGUCUUCACACUAGAUGAAGCCCCUCCAGCUCCUUUGGUGACCACUAUGACCCUUAGGUUUGGGGUCCAGUCCCUUCCAGUUCAGUCAGUAGAGGAAGUAAAUUAAAUCAGAAUUCGUUUUUUUAAAAAUAAGAACUUCACUUAAUCAACUCAUUGAUCUCUUUCCCAAUCAAUUUGUCACCAGAUAUCACUGAUGCUGAUUACCUCCUGAGGUGGUUGAGCUGAAACGGGACUAACUCCAUCCCUGAUGACUUAGUACACACAUGUUGUAAAUAAUAGUGCUGUAUACUCCAGUAGAGGUUUUUGACCAGCAACUGUUCCAGCCUCCACCGUCCCCUGCACACAUCUUCUUAUGGGCAACAUGUGAAUGGCAUACUGUAGGCAGACGUGACCUUUUUCUCUGUCGUAAAUAAGAGUAUAGUGUGUAACGCCAGCUUGUAACAGAAGACCCACACUCUGCAUGCAUGUCGCUUAGAGGGUUAGCUUUCAAAUCUUUGCAUGUGUCCUGAUUCCAGUCAGGAGCUGGUAUGCUGCGAGUGAAGAGUCUGAUCGACUUCGACAGAUGUCACACAGAGAGAGAGAGAGAGAAAGCGAGAGGGUUUCCCUUAAUCCCGAUCAGGGCUCAGUGCUUUAGAUUUCCUAUUUUAAUGUAAAACUGGUCUGUUGUGUUAAUGUGGCUCAAACACAGGAAAAACAACAAAAAACACAUCAUAAGUGGAGCAACAUGUGUCAGGGAAACCCAGCCUGUGUUGAGGAAACCUUUUGUUAUUGCUUUGAUACUGUGAUGUUGCAGCUGUAUGAUGCCAUUGUAUAUUUCAGGUAAUGCUGCCCACUUCCAUUUAUUGUGGAUCCCUCCCUGCAUUGCACCGACACCUUGUGAGUCUUCAUGUCGAGCCUUAACAAGAGCUGACUUCUCAUGAUCAAACUAACACGUGUGCAUACAUUUGUAAUUACUACCUCUAGAGCUACUCAUUAUACGCUUAUUACACUAUACUAACAUCCUCUUAAAUGUCGAAUAAGAGCUGAUCUUAAAGUUUCUAGAGAAAGAUGCAACUUUAGUACAUCAAUAGCUGUAAGUAGAUUUAAAAGCUCUUAUCAGAGCAGUAGUUAUAUUCUCCUGAAGUUCAUUCAUACACAGAUUCCUCCUCCAUCAUAAAACAGAAUCAGGGCUAGGCUGAAAACGUGCUUGCAAAAAUGUUCUAGUGCAGGACCAGAAAGUUUGGGUUUACCACGUAAGGGCAUAUCAAGGUAUACUACAUUGAUUUCAAAUAUUUUCCUAAACUUUCUGGUGCUUGAUGCAUUUUCCUAUUUGGUACCUAGUAAGGCUGAAAUUAUAAUGCCUGCAUCCUUUGUCUCCCAAUGUAAAGUUAGACUAUGUAUUGUCUAAAUUUUGAUUUUAAAACAGAAGUGAAGUAACAUCUUCAACACUUUUUAGACUAUAUGGAUGUUUUUUUAGUGAUUCAGUGCUUUUUAAACAGACCCAUCAACAGUCCGAUGAUUAGGGAGUGUCUGCAAACGAGUCCCCAGCUGAGCAGCCACCAGUCUGGGAUGGACCGACCGUUUGACAGAUGCUUGUUGUUUGUAGCUUGUUGUCAAGGUGUGCUGUUAUUCUUCAGUCAGAAAUCCUGACCAGCCAAUCAGGAUAGAAGAACGCAACAUGUCUCUGGUGGGUGACGAACAUAUGGAUGUGUUUGGACUGAGCUGAGUCGCUGAAAGGACAGAUUAGAACAGACGUGUGUCGCUUUUAAAGGAAACGUGCUUUACGACCAAACAGCUUUUAAAUAACAAAAUCUUUUACAAUGAAAAAUAAUUCUCUAUGCUAAGUUCAGUGUAUUACAUGGCAUGACUGGACUUGUUCUAUUUAGCCCAAAUAGGACCUGAGUAUGUAAAUUGUCUAAUACUUAACAGCCUAACUCAUGACAGCACCACUCUGUCUCAUGCUUUAUGCUCAUCACAACAUCUCAGGGCUUCGCAUUCACAAUCACAGCCACCAUGAGCCAUCACCACUGUCUUCCUCAUGCGAGUGCUGAUGAAAAAUCAGGUCAGCAGGUAUUCUUCAAGGCUUAGCAGAUAAAUGGGAUGAUAAAUAUACAGAAAUAACAACAUUUUAAACAUAGUGUCUCCAUUCUAGCACAUGACAUCCAAAAUGAAAAAAACCCUCUGGUCAGACCCUACUGUAUGUGUCCAAGCAAACCCUCUAUUUGACAUCAUGUUUCAAGUAUUAUAAAUAAAUCCGAAGGAGGGGGGGAUGUGUACUAUAUUGCCACCUGCUGUCCAACUGUCUUAUUUCAACAUAUCUAAAAUACAUGUGCUAUAUAUUGUUAAUCUUGUAAGUAAAAUAGCGUGCCAUGAGAUAGUAAAAUGCAAAAGAAAUGCACACGCUAAUUUCGUUCAAAGAAAUGUUUGUUUUAUUUAUUUCUGUAUGCCUAUACUGUAGCGUCAACAUGAUUAUGUGAAGAAUCACAGUUCUGUAUAUAUAGACUCAUUACUAUGCUGUAUUGUAUGUGAAUCAUUGUGUUGUAGUAAAAAGUUCAAUAAACUUGUAGAAAGGAA